UCCAUUGGGCGAUAAGAAGAAGAAGAAGAAAUAUCGGUCGCACGAAAAAGGCCGCUCUCAGGUUCCUCUCUGGUGGAACCGGGCCUAAGAUAUUUUACAAAAGAUUAGAUCUUUUUCCCCCCCAAAAUGUUGACUGUCUUCUUCAGUGAAUUGUCAUAACAAGUAAUGAAAUUUACUUUUCAAGACUAUUAUAUGAAUUAUAUAAGAAGCUCCGAAUAUUUAUAUCCAAAUUAUUCGUUCAACGAUUCAUCGCUGAUCACGGGAUAUUUGUCAAUUCACGGAUAGUAUGACGGAGACGGAUAAUGUUAAAGUAAUUUCAAGACCAAAACCGAAGGUUAGAUUCCAUCAAUUUUCGACGGGGGACGAUACGCAAAAUGUGGAGAGAGAGGUUUUCGAACAAGCAGUUAAAGAACAGGCAGUUCUGCGAGCAAAUGGUCCAAGAAUCAGAGAAAUAGUAUCUCUGAAGAAACCUGUUAGAAUUGUAGAUCUUAGAAAACAGUCGACAAAUGCCGAAAAAGCUAUAUUUAUGAGCAAUUGUAAUACAGAUGUCUCGUCACGUUGUGACGAUAUUCAAAACGUGUCUCUGUCCGAGAAAAAUAUGCCAAGAGUAGAGGAUAUGACUACUCUGUGUGAUGUAAAUGCCAUCUGGAAUACAAAGAAAAGUUGCAAUAAAAUAUUGCAACUUGAUAAGAGUUUGCGAGAUGACGCUGUAAAAGUCUGUGCAAAGAGUUUAGGACAGAAGGGGAAAGAAAAUAAAGGUAUACCGUUGAAAAGGGUUAUAUCUAAUAAAAAUGUAAGCGAGACUAGAACUGAAAAUUUCCAACAAGACAUGCAAUCGCUUACUAAAGAGAAAUUUAAACUUUUUACAAACACAAAGAAUAACUGUAUGCAAAAAGUAAAUGUUCAAAACUUUAAGAGACCAAAAAUGACAAAGUUACAAUCUGCACCAAGUAUUGUGAAAAAAGCAAAAAAUUGUACGAACAGAGGGAAAAUUUUUAAUACAAAGCCUUCAACCUCCUGCUUCAUGUCACGUUACAAGACUGUGGACCAGGAGUCUUUCACAAAGAGCAAAAUACUGCGAGAACAGGUGAUGAUGCAAGUAAAAGACAUGUCAUUAAACCAGAUGUUCCUGUACAAGAUUUGAUGCAACCAGAAUACAAUUCUAUCAUGUGUACUAUUAAUAAGCUAAAAGAACUUGAACAGCAAAAGAUUGUCACAGCUAUCAGUCAUUUGCCAGCUACGCUAAAAACCUUUUUAAAUGGAAAGAUUUCCACAGCACUUGAUUUUCCAUUGGAUGAGACAAUUUACAAAAAUUUGAUAGAUUUGAGCAUAGAUGAAAAACAA